AUAGGAUCGCAUAGCUCAUCAUGGAUUCCCGCUACUCUUAUGAUGAGAACUCAGAGACAUGGCCAGUGUUUGUGCUUGCGCUCACGUCUGUUGCCGUUGUGCCAUUGACGAUUGCCAAAGUCUACAGCGCUUUGAGUACCAACGUGGAGCUUCAACAUCAGGAUGCCAUUGAGCAGAGGAACAUACCUCCACAGGUCCUGAAGCACAGAUCUGAUCAGAAGAGAAGAUCCUCACUCACAAAGAAGAACAUCUUUUUAGUCUUUGGGUGGAUUGUGAUUGCUGCGAUGGUUUAUUUGGUGUCCACUACCGAACAAACACCGACGCAGAACCUAUUCGACCCAUACGAGUUGCUUGGUGUUGAGUUCGGUACACCGGAGAAGGUGAUCAAGUCCACAUAUAGAAAGCUUUCGGUCAAGUACCACCCAGAUAAGAUUAAAGGUGCUUCUGAAGAAGAGAUGAAGGAACUGGAGGAGAGGUUUGUUCUCAUCACAAAGGCAUACAAGGCGUUGACCGACGAGGAGACCAAGGAAAAUUACGAGAAGUACGGCCAUCCAGAUGGUGCGCAGCCAGUAUCUCACGGUAUUGCUCUACCAAAGUUCCUUGUUGAAGGUAAAUCGUCACCUCUGUUGCUCGCACUAUACAUUGCGCUCAUUGGAGGUGCAUUGCCAUACGUUGUUGGUACCUGGUGGUCCCAGGUGAAGAAGGUUACAAAGAGAGGCAUCUAUAGUGAUACUGCAGAGGAGUUCAUCACAAGAUUGAUGAACCAAAACCCUGCCAAACACGUGGGUAUGUCCACUAUUUUGACUUGGUUGUCCAACGCUGCAGAGUACAAGGAUUUGCUACCUGGUAAGACACCAGAGCAAAUCUAUUCGCUUUACGAAGAGUACUUGAACAGAAAGCCAAGUGAUGACGCUCUCACUGCUGUCUCCAUCGUGCCAACUUUGAUUAAUGGUCUGUUUGACAUUACUGCGAACUUUAGAAGCACGGAAAUUACACUGACCGUUGUUGACACUUUGAAGCAUUUCACUCAGGCUUUACCAGAGGGACCAAAGAAUGAGCUGCUUCAAUUGCCAUGUGUCGAUACUGAUGCGGUUAACAAGAGUAAGAUUGUGAAGUUGGGUAGAUUAACGACAUUGCCACGUGAUGAGAUCAAGCAAACCUUGGGAAUCAAGGAUGAUGCCGAAUUGGAAGAGGCACUUCGUGUUGGCACAAGAAUUCCAAAGUUAGACUUGAUCAGUGCCAAGUUCGAAGUCCCAGGUGAGACUGUCGUCACACCUUCUUCAACUUCAGUUAUCAACGUCAAAGUUGCCGUGAAAUCUGCCAGACAUCAUAAAAAGGCUUCAGUCUCACAGGAGAAGCUGGAAGAGGAUCAAAGUUUGGAGGCUAUGAGGGAUCCAUUCAAGAUUGUGCAUGCACAACCUCCACUCCCAUUGGCACAUGCCCCAUUCUUCCCAUCCGAGAGACAUUCCGGGUACGUUGGUUUUAUCGUGUUGCAAAGAGAUGGUAAAAUCUGUGAUCAACCUGUCUUGUUUAGAAAUCUGGACCUCUCUAACCUUGACUUGUCAGAGACGGAGUUCAAAGACGGUAAGAAAGUUACAGUGGGUACAUUCAAACUUCCAGUCUCACAACCAACACCAGCACAGCCUGGUAAAUACCAAUUCCGUGUUAUCAUCAAGUCCUUGGAUUACUUCACACAGGAUAUCGACACCUCCGUGACGAUGCACGUUCAAGAACCACCAAAGAUUGAAGAAGUGAAUUAUGACAUUCCUGAUCCUGAAGAGAAUUCACUGGCUGGAACCAUGGCUGAGCUUAGAGGUGAGAAGGUCAAGAGCGGUGAUAGUGAUGAUGAAGACGAGGAGGAGAGUGACUUGGAAGAGGAAGAAGACUUUACAGAUAUCAACACAGACACAGAAGAAGAAGAUGAUGAUGAAGAUUAAGAGGAGAACAAGUGAAUAGACACCCAAACAAGCUACCUUUCAUACAAAACCUGCUAUAAUCGACUACAGUUUC